AUGCCUUGGAUGCAGGAAUCAGAAUUUACAAAGAAGGACAAAGCUGCCAGAGUCAUUCAGGAGGCCUGGAAAUGUUUUCUUAAUGUCACUAUCUUCCAACACUUCAAAAGCCUGAUUGUUCUGAGAGGACGAGGAGAGCCACGUCAGAUAAUGAGGUACAUCAAUCCUAAAGAGGCAGAGCUGCUAGACGCCGCUGCGGGCAUUCACAUACGAUUCCGACUAGGUGGCGUUAAAUUUCCACCUGAUAUAUACUAUAAAAUUUUCACUCAUAGACAUGUUGAAGAUCUGUGUGCUAAUAGCCCCAGAGAUUAUACAAAAUGUCCAGCAAAAUAUACAUCCCAUCUUAAAAGUGAUAAUCUUCAGGAAGAGGAUCAUAGUGGCUGGUACCAUCGUAUAGAGAGCAAUGGCUGGAGGCCUGUCUCUGAUACAUUUUGGGUGUCUCCUGAAAAUGUAGAGGUGGGAGACAAAAAAGAAAGCGAAUUCCAUUUCUCUAAACUGAAGAGAAGGCAAGAUAUGGAAAAGAAAAGAAAAAUUAGAAAAAUAGAAUGGAUGAGGAAAAUGUACGAUGCAGGAAACCUGAAGGCUAGGUCAACAAAUGCUAAAACUCUAGGUUUAAUUCACACAGCAACGAAGGGGCUGAUGAGAGCUGUGGAAGUCGGUGGAAUAGAUUCAGUGAUGGAAUGGGAGGUGGAUGAAGUGCUGAACUGGACAAACGCACUCAACUUUGACGAGUAUAUUGCCACCUGGAAGGAAAUUGCUACAAGCAACUCUUCAGCUAACUUCAAAAGUCAUGGCCGCCCCCACGGUCUCAGCAUCCUUCAUCCACUGCAGGCUUCUCCCAGCCGCCUCCAAACUGGUUUCCCAUUUGAGUCAACACAGAAACAAGGAUACGACUAUACAGAUAUAUCAGAGGAGAAACUGGGAAUCCCAGAAGAUACUUUAGAUGGAAGUUUUGAUAAAAUACCUAAUUUUACUAGACCAACACCUGAUCUCACUUAUGACGUAUAAAGUGGUCCGCUUUUUCUGAGCGGUAGCCCUUCCCACCCUGACUCCAUCAGUUACCAUCACGAGAUCGUUACCCGGACUGGAACGACUUGUGUAUUCUUGGCGCAGAACCUAACUCAAGGAGCUAAAGAAGCCUAAAGAGAAAUAGUACAUCAGACUCAGUACAGUGGUCAUGAAAAUGUAGAAAUUAUUCCUUGUAUUAGAAGAAACUGCGGUAAUCUAACAAUCACACGUAAAUAAAUACAUUUAGGUGC